AUGAAACUGUUCCUGGUGCUUCUAGGAGUAACGGCGGCCGUCGCGGCUCCUCGAGUCCAGUACGAGCCUAUCAUCACCGACUACCAUGUUGAGAUCGGUAUUCCCGAGGCUGCGCGGAUCAAGGCCGCAGAAGAGGCUAUGGACUUCGACGGCUCCAGAAUCGUUGGGGGUUCGAUUUCCAACCUCGGUCAAUUCCCUUGGAUGGGUGGUUUACUCGUCAACCUAAUAGACGGACAAUCGAUGUGCGGAUCUUCACUUAUCAGCGCUAACCGAGUCUUAACCGCCGCUCACUGCUGGCGCACCAGGCAAUCCCAGGGUAUCUCGAUGAUUGUCGUUCUAGGCUCUACUCGCCUCUUCAGCGGUGGUGUUCGUAUCAACACCAAUAACGUCGAAAUGCACGCAAGCUACAACAUGGACAACCUGAGGAACGAUAUCGCCAUCGUCAGAAUCAACAACGUUGGAUUUAACAACAACAUCCGAUCAAUCAACUUAGCUGCUGGCAACAAUUUGUUUGAUGGAGCAACGGCCGUUGCCAUCGGAUUCGGAAGAACUGGUGACGGUCCAUCGGGUGAUGUCAACAACCCUAACCAACCAUUGAAACACGUCAAUCUGCAAGUCAUCAGCAACAACGAAUGCGCGUCAGUUUACGGCAGUGGCCCAGUCAUCGCCUCGACUAUCUGCGUCCGCGGCGCUACCAGGGCUAAUAUCUGCAAUGGCGACUCUGGCGGCCCUCUUGUCGUCAACAACAAUCUAUUGAUUGGUGUAACGUCUUUCGGUGCUCGCGCCGGUUGUGAAAGAGGAAUGCCCUCAGGUUUUGCCAGAGUCAGCUCCUUCAACUCUUGGAUUCGUGGACGAAUGUAG